AUAAACGUGUAAGCCGUCAAUCGUCUUAAGUCUUUGAAUUCAAAUAUCCGGUACGAAAACAAAGAUUUCACACGAAACCAACAGAAGAUUAAGAGAAAUCGGAAGCAAAAUCUGCAAUAGAUGGAUCUCUCGCUGGCCAACGUGAUUCCGUGCAAUGGACCGUGCCGGAAGCGGUUCCAUCCCGCCACCGUCAACCUGGAUCAGACCGUCGCCGAUGUGCUGCGCACAUCCAACGGCAAAUCGUCCGGUUUGUGGUGGUUUUGCCCCGAGUGUCGCCAGACGGUUGACCUGCCCCUGCACUACGUGAUGGAUCUUCCCGCUGAAAUGUUGGGUAUGAUCUUCCAGUACUUGGACGUAAACUCUUUGCUGGAAGUUCGGUCAACGUGCCACCGAUGGAAGGACAUCGUCGAUCAGAGCUACUCCUUGCGCAAAGAAUUCUUUGUCGCGUUCAAUGGAAUGUUCACAAUGGAUGAAACAUUCCAUCCGGAGAAUCUGCUUCCGGCUUCUCGUACGAGAUUGAACCAGUCGAAGAUAAUCUGUGUCGAUGCUUGGUGGCCUGCGUUCGGCGCUGCGUUGACGGAACUAUCAUUGUGUUACUGUGAAAUCGGACUGCCAGUUCUGUUGGGAAUGCUGCGAGCAACUCCCAAUCUCAUCAGCUUGAGGCUGGGCAUUACCGAGUACAAUUCCGAUGAGGUGAUCAGGGCAGACUUUCGACUGGAGAAGCUGGAAUCUCUUUUCUGCAGGCGAGUGUUAGAUAUCUUCGGAGACAUUUUUCCACGUUUGAGAAAAGUGGAUUUUUCUCUAGUUGAAGAUGACGACAAUGAUGAAGAAAUAGCAGCUUGCCUUCUGAUGAGAUCGGUUCAAGGCACGCUGAAAAAUUUAAGCUGCUACUUGACGCAAUUUAUUGUUGACCAGAUCUGUUCCAUGGCCCAACUCAAAUUGGAAACGGCUGAUGACCUUCCAGACUCUGAUUUGGCAGUACAGCUGAGUCAAAUGCAGCCUUCGAUCAGAGUUCUGAGUUGCCAAGCUGCUGUGAACGAGGAUCUCAUCGACAUCGGGCAGAACCUGGAAAACCUUGAGGAACUAUCUGCCAUAAUGGCACCUGCAGAGGAAUAUGAAGAAAUAUUGGUGCCAUCGUUUCUGACCGAAAUGCCUCAGCUGACGAAGCUUACCCUUGCGGGAGAGAAAGAUCUGUAUUUAAACUUUGAACGUAUUAAAUGCUCCAACUUAAGCUACCUGAGCCUCGAUGGGUUUAAAGUCGUCGGCGAUAGUUUGCGGAUUUUUUUGACAAGCUGCUCAAAUCUUCAAAACGUUCAAAUUAAAGAUUGUAGGCUGCAGAGUUGGUCAGAUAUUUUUGCCGCCGGGUGGAAAUCGCUGCGGUGUCUAAAACUUUGGAACAACCGUGUGCACCGAAACGCCAUGAGAAUCUCCAAAAGGCUAAACACGUUGAAGGAGCUGGUGAUUGGAUGCUGCCACAUACCAACAAAGAAACUCAUCGAGUUGGUUCUGCGGUGCCCUAACUUGGAAAAGCUUGAGCUCGCGUCAUUAAAAGCCGUCGACGACGAAUUUGUCAGCAAUUUGGACCAAUUUCCGCAACUUAAGGAACUGGAUAUCGGGAACUGUCCAAUAACGGACAAAUCGGUGGAAUUCAUCACCGAAAACUGUUCCCACUUGCUCGUGACCAUCCGUUGCGAUCAGGUUUCUAGCGUGGCCAAGAAACUGCUGAAUCGCGUUACACGGAAACAAGAACAUUUCUCAAAUAUCUGUUAACCUGUUAUGUUGAAUAAACGUAAAUCAUUUACUUAAUCUGAAAUA